AUGGCAGUUGAAGCCAUCUUAGAUGUGCGUUGGUCGAAUGAUUACAUAUUUUGGCAUCCAUUUAAAUUCUGUGGAAUUAGAACUAUAUCAUUUCCCACUGCAAAUUUGUGGAUGCCAGAUCUAACUAUUGAAGAAAGGACAGACAAGGACAAAGAGACUAAAAGUCCUUAUCUCUUAAUUCACUGGUAUGGUUGGGUCGUAUACAAAAAUGAGCAGGUGGUGACAACUGCCUGCAGGAUGCGUGUCUACAAAUUUCCCUUUGAUGUUCAGAGCUGCAACAUCACCUUCAAGUCUAUCAUGCAUGCUGAUAAUGAAAUAAAAUUAAGUUAUAACAAAGACAAUGAAUCGAUGACACAUUUGACACGCAGCAUGAUGUGGACCCAGUACGAGUGGACGUUCGAGAACUUGACAUCCACAAAUAAAUCCAGCAUUAUGUAUCCACAUCAAACUGCAAUUGUUUACACUAUCACGAUGAGAAGGAGGUCAGUCCUCUACAUUGCCAAUUUCAUUUCUCCAGUACUCUUCUUCUUGGUUCUGGACUUGGCCUCUUUCCUGAUCCCAGAUGCUGGAGGCGAGAAAAUCAGCUUCAAGGUCACUGUGCUGCUCGCUGUCACAGUGUUGCAGCUUAUUUUGAAUGACAUUCUGCCCAGCACUUCAAACAAGGUUCCACUUAUAGCUAUCUAUUGCAUUGGGAUUUUUACCCUGAUGCUGCUCAGCCUCCUGGAGACUAUGGUGAUGAUGUAUCUGAUUGAGAAAGACUCUGCAGCCCAACACAAUGAGAUGGAUGAAGAACAAAACCUGAGUGUAAAUUGUGGAGACAAAUGGUUCAAAGCCAACUUCCACAGCUGUGUUAGAGGAAGGAAAACUAGUGACUGUGCAUCUGUUUGUGAUGAAAGUGCCGAUGAAACACAAUCUGUGACUAAAGAGGGUAGCAACGACAAGCUGACAGAGGUGUCCUUUAGUCUUGAACAAGUCUCAGCUGAACUGAGAGAGAUUGGGAAAACAAUGAGUCUGCUCAGCAGUAACGGGAAGGAAGAGAAGUUCGGCUACUGGGCCAGAAUGGGUAAGGCAGUGACUUUAAUGGAGCAGGAAGCGUCUCGAGACCUCACAGAAGACGAGGGUGCUUAG